AUGUCUUCAGUGCAAGAACCCAACAAUGGUGCCUCGAUAAGCUACGAGGAACAACUCAGAAGACAGAUUAUUCUAAAUUCAAUUGAAAAUAAGGAUUAUUUAUUGGUAAUUGCCAGUCAACAACAAAAAUCAGUUCAACAAGUCAAGCAUGAACUAAUGCUUAAAUUAACAGAAGGUUGA